AUGGCUGAAGGGGUGGAUCUGAAACCAGCUGCUGAAUUCAGCAUCAGCUCCAGCCAUUUACCUGGCCCUGUAGAAGCAGAAAUGGCCGAUAUUUCUCCUCCUGGUCAGGAACUUGCUGUGAAUUGCACCUGCGUUCACCAUGACUUGAUGUCGAGUUCACAUCGUGCUUUCUGCGAAUCCCUUCAAUUAGCAAAUAACUCAUCUUGUUUCUCUUGCACAGCAGCAGAGAGUAAAAGCUGUAAACUGGAUUUCUUUCUUGGAUAUGAAAGUGUUUUCUCUGAGGCCCUUUCUGAUGCCCAGGCUGUGCUGAAAAGACUCGACAGAGAAAUUGAUGCCUCUCAAAAGGAGGUCACUGAAGUAGAUUUUUGGAGCUCUGGGUUUGAUUGCCCGGCACGCUGGGAGCCCACGGCGCUCAAGAUGGAGCGUUCUUGGCUCAAGGAUUCUCACACCCAGGAUGGUGACACCCAAGACACUUGGCCCCUGGACACACAGACCCUCAUGCCUUUUCUGAAGCUGUUUCAAGACAUGGAUUCCAGGCUGAGAGCGGCUCUGCUGGGAACAGGGCACUGGAGAAACCCCCACAGCAAGGAGAACAGAGCCGAGGAGGAGACGCUGACCGCUCGCUUGCUGGGCUGCAGGGAGGAGCUGAUCCAGGGUGUGACACAGCUCAGCCCCAUCGUGGAGUUCUUGGAGGCAGCAGGAGGAUUCCUGACCUCUUUGGAGAAGGGGGUAGUUUUGGAUUGCUGUGAAAGCAGCUCUGAGAAGGAAGCCAUGGACAACCUGCACAGGAAGGUGGAUGAAGAGAAAACCCUAAAUGUGGAAAGCUUGAUCAGACUUCUAGGGGCUGUGAAAGCAUCACUCCCUGGGCUCCAGCUUCUGCUGGGCAACUUGGUGGCAACAGCAAACAUCUCUGAUAGCAAAGGUGUGGGUAGACUAAACUUCCACUGUUGCACUGUGAGCCAGUCGUUGUCUGUCUCUGCCAUUUGGCAGCUGCUGAUGGCUGUGCAGGAGCCUGCAUCCCUGAACCUGCUCAUGGAGGAGAUCUGGAAACAACCUGGUGCAGAGUUUUUCUUCCAAACAGCAACCUCUUUUCUUCCAAUGGUUCUCAACACCUGGAUCCUUAGUGAAACAUUCCCAAAAUCUCUGUCAGGUGAUCUUAUCAUCUUAUUAUUUCUCCUGCUACUGAGUGUUUCUGCUCAGAAGGAAAGUUUAGAGGCCUCCUUGAAAGCAGCUCUGAGCACAGCCCAGGAGAAGUGUGUCCUGGCCAUGAAGCUCUGCCAGGUGCUGUGCAGUGUCCAUGAGUCCUUCCCAGACCUUCAGCCAGUGAUGCAGGAGCUGGGCUGUGUGGGUCUCUUGACUGAGGGAAGUGGGGAGAAACCCAGGAUCAGGAAGUGGAAGGUGAACAGUGAAUCCCAGGUUAAAUCUCUGGACAAAGAUGAGGACGAGGCAGGAAAGCAGAUCCAGUGUAAACAGUACAGCCAGGUCAAAUUGACCAAGAAGGAACUGGAGAAGCAUCAGCUGGAGGUCCAUGGGGUGGUGGGAAUGGCCAAAAAAAAGAAGCAGCAGCUCCCUGUGGCGUGUGACAUCUGUGGAAGAGAGUUUGCUCAUGCCUCAGGUAGGGUUGGGGUGAGCAGGGUGUUUAGGCAGAAGUUUGGACAAUAUAAUAAAGCCAUGGAGCUGUCCCUCCACAUCUGCACCCACAUGGCAGAUGAGCCCUGCAUCUGCCAGGACUGUGGGAAAGGCUUCCACCAGGCCAAGGGGCUCUCCAUCCACCUCAGGACCUUCCCCAACACUGAAGAUCCCUGCAGCUGCAAGAAGGGCCAGAUGAGCUUUGCCACCCUGCAGGAACACCACAACCAUGAAGCCCAUUCGUGGGAAUACCACCCCUGCCCUUCCUGCUCCAAAAUCUGCAGUGCCCCAUCACUCCUGGAGCACCUCAUGGUGACCCACGCUGGGGGAAAGCCCUUUGGAAUCUGUGACAAGACUUACCAGGGGACUCAGACGUCAGAGCAAGGAACAGCAGAGCACAUCAUCUCUUCUGGUGGCACCCAGCUCGUUGGCUCCCAGGUCUUUGUGGUGUUGCCUGAAUCCCACAUGAGCCAAAGUGGCUCUGAGCAGGUGACUCUGGAGGACUUGUUUGAUGACAAAGUAACUCUGAUUUGUGAAGAAACCAAGAGGGAGACAGUGGGUGGAGAUUUUUAUGGCUGAAUCAGUGAUGUAGUCACAGGUAUCUUCUCUGCAGGGUGUGUAAGGGCUGCUUUGUGUCUUCUGCUCUCAGCUGUACUGAUGUGCAGCUAGAGACCUCCUCCAGCACAGAGCUGACCUUUGGGUCUCUCUUCUCCAGCAGGAACUUCCUGGGAACUGGGCUAAAUGACUUCAGUGCUGUUUGGGUAGCACCUUGUGCAGCACAGGCUCUGAUCCCAUCCAUGUUUUUGCUGUAGCUGCCUGUUGGAAAGGAGGGUCCAAGGCAGGUCUGGCCAUCCUCAUCCUCUCGACAAGCAAACAGCCCUGGGAUGUCCCACCACCCUCUUAAUUCACCAGGAACAUGCUGAAAGAGGGGAAGGAGCUGUGCCUGCAUGCCAGGGUCCCUCAUUACUGGUGUCAGUACCUUGGCACUAAUGAAGGUGUUUGAGUGGAGGAUAGCUGUUGUGACUGCAAGUGGACAUUCCCCUGCCACAGGGGGGGCACUGCCCUCUAAAAUGCAUUCAGGUGCCCACUGUAAAGUUUACUUCUCUGCUGCCAGCACGAUGCAACAGCUUCUCUGCAGCACACUGGUCCCUUUAAGGCUAAAUUUCAUAAAGCUUUUUUAUCUGCAGUUUCCUAAAAUAUAAUCUGAUAAUUAAUGGUUUGCUGAAUCCGUUAUGAAGUGCAAUUAGAUAGAUGCAGGGUUCCCGUGGCUCUGAGGGGACUGGUAGCAUUUAUCUUCCUUUCCCUCGUGCCAGAAGGUUGAACUCUGCCACUGCAAUAUUUACACAGGGAGCCAGAUCUCAGAGCCCAGGACCCCACGGUGAGCAGGGAGUGCUCCUGCUGCCCAGAGCUGUGGGAGGUGAACACUGGAGUUUUCCAGCAGCAUCUUGUGCUGGCUGCUCGCUGCCACCAGGCAGAGAGGGUGGCACAGGAGCAUGCCAAGGUGGCUGUGCCAGUGAGAGAGUUUGUCCCUGUUAUAACUUGGAAGGCAAAAGGGAGCAGCAGAGCUCCCAGGAGAGGGGCUUGGGGAGCUCAUGGCGUUUUGUGUGCGUUGUAGCAGCAGGCAUGUGACCCUGCUGAAGUGUUUCUCGUGUCUUGAAGGGCUCCCACAGAUGGUUUGUCCCCCUAAGCUUCUCAGGGAUGGUGACACGGAGGAAGCACGAGGUUAAGUUGCCACUGAAUCCAGGAAUGACCAGGAGAUGGUGCUCAAGGCCUUGAGGAUUAGUGCUAGUGGCCAGGUGCCUCUGCACCUUUGUGGAAGCUCCUCUGAGCCUUCCCAGGCCUUCCCCAGCUCCUGGGCUGCCAGCCGUGGAGAGACCUUGAGCCACUGCCCAGCUGAAGGAGAGCUCCAAGCCCUGGACAGGUCGCCUCCAAACCCUGGAUAUCACUGCUUAAAGAGCCUGGAGCUGGGUCUUGGCCACCUGUGGAGAGGGUAAAAUGCACUUGUUACUGAGGUGAAGAGGUGAAAAAGCCUGGGAUCCCCCCUUGAGCAGGAGGAGAGGGGCCAGAGGAGGAGCUGCUGGAACCCAUCUCAUGUGUGGCACUUGGGAUGAGCAUGGGGAUAAUGACACAACAAGCAACUGUGUCUUGAUGGUUUCAGAGCAGAUGUGUUGGGAGGAAAGAAGUGGAUUUUGUCCCACAGGCUGGUGGAGUUGGAAGCUGUUCCCCCUUUUCUGACUCCGUGGGAGCAGGGAGCUGUGGAAAUCCUGCACAGGCUGUGGGGAGCUCUGGAGUGGGAAGUGGAUUGUCCAGACAAUGCUCUGCAGGUGUUCUGGCCUUUAUGUGUGAGCCAGUACCUGCAGGGAGAGCUAAGGUGAAGCUGAUGUCCCUUUGUUAUUGAAAAACUGUGGAGGGGGGGGUAAAGGUUAAGCAGGGCUUGUGGAGAAGUUUUCUUUAUUUCUAUUCAUCUCACAGGGCAGGGGCAGCUCAGCCAGGGCAGAGCAUGUAUUUGGGGCCUGUUGGCCGUGAUCCCUUUGGUCCCUGAUUCCUGAUUGUUGUUACAGCUGGAGGGGGAUGCUGUAGAUACCACUUUCAGGGGUGGUUCAGACUCACCUCUCCUAUUUGGGGCCAUCUCUCCUGCCUUUCUGCCCAGCAAGAUCCUGUGUGGACGUACCCCCAGCAGAAUCCUGCCAGCUCCACACACCCAGGGAGAGCUCUGUAGCUCCACAGAGCCCCUCAAGUAUCUCCCAUAUCAUUAUGAGGAGAUAAUAACUCACUUUCCCUCAUUCCAGUUCCUUCUUGAUAGAUGAGGUACGUACAGCAGAGCAAAUUGCAGCGUUAGCAACACCCGUGUCCUACCCAGGAGGGAGAUGUAUUUUCCCAGGACACAUCCUGGUCUGGUGUGCACCACACUGGAGAUGCUGAUGGCUGGUGAUUCCUUGUUUCCUCUGUAAAAGUAAAACAUGGUGAAGGAGAGAUGUAUCUGCAGAGUGUCAUUUGAAGCAAUUCACUGAAGAAAAAAACCACCUUGUGCUUGAAAAUACAAUUUUUUCGAGUCUUCUCCCAGGUGCUGGGUGACCCACUGGGUUUUGGGUCCUGUGCCUCCCUUGCCCUUGGUACCAUCCUCUAAGGAAGCAGGUCAGGCUGGAGCAUGGGACCAUCCUGCCCUUCAGUGUGUCCUGUUGGAGCUGCCAGAUGCUCUGGGGAAAAGGGCAGAGUGCCUCUAACAAGCUAGGAAGUCACAUCCCAUGGAGGACUUCAGGUCAGGUAAUGGUGGAAUUACCUGACAGGACAAGGUGGAAUGGCUUUAAGCUGGAAGAGGAUAGAUUUAGAUUGGAUAAUAGGAAGAAAUUCUCCCCUGUGAGGGUGGUGAGGCCCUGGCACAGGUUCUGACCCUGUGUCUGUCCUGUUGCUGUGGGAUCCUUCAGAACAAGGGAGGGUGCCCUGAGUACAGCACUUGACCUUUCCCAUGUAAAGUGUCAUUUCACAGCCCCAAGGUGCUAUUUUAACAGUGCCUGCAAAUUCAGUGCUCUGGGCUUCGUUUUUGGUUGGGGUUUUUUGUUAUUUUUAAAUCCAACCUGUUCUUAAUUAGGUGCAAAGAUGCCACUGCUCACCCAAGAGUUAAAGAAGGAGGUGGCAUGGAGGGAGUUUGGACAGAGCUUGAAUCCUCUCGUGGGGGAGAGGAAGAGGAGAAUGGGUACCAAUGGUCUGAAAACCCUGUGUGUGGUUCAGGCAAGCCCUGGCAGCCCCAGGUGAUGCUGAUGUCUUGGCAAAUUUUAAUGUUGGUCUGGCAGGCUGCCAGCAUGUCCCCAGUGAAUUCAGGCACUGGAAAAGGGAAGUGAUGUCUACAACAGCCCCUCCAGCUCAGCAAAACCCGAGUCAGGAGGUGGAAAACCUGCCUUGGAGCACGAGAGCAAAGGAGCUCUCACUGCUCUGCGUGGCUGAGGAGUGACCUGGUGGCAGCUUCACCCCCUGUGCCGGGAGAUGGUGCUCACUGCCAUCCCUGCACUCUGGCAAGUGCUGGGGGGCAUCACUGUUAGUCAAGCUCCAUUUGUACAGAGCACAAAAUGCUUAGCUUGGCCUUAUUUCCCUUUUCUUGGGCACCCUGGAAAUGCCUGGCACUGGGGGCAGUCCAGGCAGAGACCUUUCCACUGCUGACAGGAGCAGUCAGUCCCUGUCUUGCUUCCGAGGAGCUCGGGGUCAAGUUUGUUGGCCGAUAUUCCUUCAUCCCGUGGAUCAGGGAUGCUUGGAGCCCUGCAGCAUAUGGGAACCUCGUCUGGGCAGGCUGGCUGCUCGUGUUCUCUGUGCUUCCCAGACUUUCCCCUGCUGGCCCCAGAGCCUCCUGCAGAUGGGGAGGGCUGGCUGGGAUGGGUCUGGUGUGCCCGUCCUCCCUUCGAGCACAGAGGAGCUGCCAACAAAUGGGUCUGUCCUGGUAGAUUAGAUCUAUCUUGGGGCUGUGCAAAAUCAUCUCAGCCCACAGGUCUUCCAGCCACUGGAGGCUUCCUGCUGGAGAUGGAGUUUGCUCUCUUUCUCUUGGCUGCAGUAAGGUGAGAGAGCCCUGCCUCAGGUUUCAGGCUGCCUGGGGAGAUAAUCCCUGCCCCUCCAGCUGUGCUGAACCUGCUGACGGGUGUGAUGAUGGCUUUCCAUGACAUGUGAAUCUGGCUUUCUCUGCCCAAGGAGGCCAAGGCCAUAUGUCACCUCCUCCAUGGCCUUGGCCUUCUUGGCCAGCACUUUGGUGGCGAAGAGUUGAGCUCCAAUCUUUGCCAGCCACCCUCAUCCCUCCGCUUUGCUGUCCUUCCCCUGGACUAGGUCUCCCUGCAGGUUCACCCCAGAACCUUCACCCACCUUCCCCUGAUCUGCCAUCACCCAGACCUUCUUCCCCAAAGCUCGUGCUGCAGAGGUGUGCCUGCACCUCCACAUGUUCCUGCCCCGUGCAGGGCUCUGCUCUCUGCAGAGACUACACGUGGGGGCACAUCUGGGAAGUCUCCAAUUGCAGGUUCAUCAUUCCCAUUCUGAUCUUCUGCAGGAGUCACAGGGAGAGCUCAGUGCUGGGUGGAAAACGGGUGGAAUGGCUGUAAGGACCCAAAAAAUGUGGGGUUUGUUCCCUUGGUCCAACCUGUGUGUUUAUUUCUUCCAGCUCAGAGGCUCCAGCGAGGCACUGUUUAGAGCAGAGCUGCCCCAUCCACUGGUACUUAAUGCCAUAAUAACAUCACGUUGGUUCAGCACAUUGCACUUCAGACCUGUGGUUGUUUCUUUUGUCCCUGAGUGUUUAAAGCUGCUGUUAUUGAGCUGUCCAGUGACACAAGGGGCUUUCUCCAGCAGGGUUAUAGAUGAUAGUGAGUUUGGUGAUAACACAGGAGCAGGUCAGAUGAUCUCUGUAGUGUGUGUGAACUCCCAUUUAUCAACAGCCAGUCUCUGUGAGCAGUGAAUUCCCUGCACAGCUCCCUCCAGCCUCUCACAUCAGCUAACCCAGAUAAUCCUUUGCUAUCUGCUAUAUCUCAGUAGAUCUAUUAAACACACACGAGUUCUGGUGUCCUUGUGCAUAACCAGGGUACGCUGCAAGAUUUCAAAUCCCCCGGUGCAGG